UUUUUCUUUUCUAAAGGAAUUUAAUGUUUACUUGAAUUUCUGUUGAAUUUUGAUUGUUUAGAUUUUAAUUGUUCCUUUGAUUUUUUUAUUUUCUUUUAUUGUUACAAUUUAAAUAUCAUGUUACUGUUUGAUCAAUACGAUGAAGAAUCAUCAACAUCAUUCACUAGACAAUAUGGACAUCCUUCUGUCCGUCCAAAGAUUAUUGGUUCCUAUGAAGAUGAAGAAGGUAAACCUUCAAUAUUUAAGAGGCACCGAAUCAAUUUCCAACCUGAAGAUGUUAUCACUCAUUUGGCCGUUUCUAAUAAUCAAAUGAUCUUGGCGAUGAUGAAUAAGAAAUUGCUUCGUAUUGAUUUAAUGAAUCCCGAUCAACCUAUUGAAAUUGAAUUGGCACAAUUUCUUGGUGAUAAAUCGCAAUUGGCUAAAUUAUAUCAAGUCUAUUUGUCGCCCAGUGGUAAACAUUCAUUGCUCAGUUUCGCCUCUGACCUGAAAAAUUUAACUCCUUUUGAUAAUCUAUAUUUAUCUAAAAAGAUUCACCAAGCAAGUAAAUUGAAAGGUCAUCUGAUUACCGCUUUGGCCUGGAAUUUUUUAAACGAGAAAGAUAAUACAACAAGUAAUAUACUAAUUGGAACCAGUAAAGGUUUGGUAUUCGAGACAGAAUUAGCUCCAGAUGAAACGAAAUGGCUCAUGAACACAAGCCUAGAAAAAUAUUACAAUCAAGUUUUCGAUACUGGACCUGAAGCGGGUCCAAUUACUGGUAUUCAAUUUCAUCGAGUUCCCGGAAAUGAUCAGCUUUGUUUCAUUCUUGUGACUACAUCAAGUCGUUUGUACCAAUGUGUCGGUAAAAUAUCAUCUUCAUCCAAUAUCGAUGGACCUUAUUUAGUGAACAUUUUCAAUAACAAUAGUGGACAAUUUCAGGAUAUGCCGAACAAUCUAGGAUUCAGUCGAUUGGAUUUCUAUUUCAACUCAUCCCUUAUUCCCGAAACUUUUGGUUGGCUAACUGAACCUGGUAUUCUCCAUGGAAAGAUAGUCUAUGAUCCAUCAUUUUCUCUUAAUACUGUGACGAAAGAUGCAACUCUAUUGUCUUUCACCGAAGACACAAAUCAUCCUAACGGAUCAUCACAAUUAUCCAAUUCGCCAUCUUCAUCACCAUCAUCUUCUUCAUCUCUUGCUAAAGAAAAACCAAUCGGAAUAAUUUUAACCAAAUUUCAUGUUCUCGUUUUAUUCCGAAAUUUAUUAAGAGUCAUUUGUGUCCUUUCCGAGGAAAUUGUAUUAGAAGACAAAUUUACCGAAGCCUGUGGAUCGGUUAUUGGAAUUGCCAAAGAUCUGGUCAAAGGAACCAUUUGGGUUUACUUUGAAUUAGCAGUUUACCGUUACAAAAUCACAGAGGAAGAUCGUUUCAUCUGGAAAAUUUAUUUAGCGAAAAAGGAUUUUACUAAUGCGAAAAAAUUUACCAACAAAGAUCCAAUCAAAAUGGAUGAAGUGAUUUGUGAUGAAGCUCAAUAUUAUUUUGAUCGAAAAGAUUAUAACAAAUCAGCUGAAUUAUAUGCUCAAAGUGGUAAAAGUUUUGAUGAAAUCGCACUGAAAUUCAUGCAGCUGAAAGAUGAAGAAGCUUUGAAAAAAUUUCUAAUCUGUAAGCUUAAUGUUUUAUCUCCUGGUAAACAUCAAUCUCAAAUUGAUCUUGUAACAAUUUGGUUAAUCGAGUUAAUCAUGAGUCAAAUUGGUAGACUUAAAAUCCAGGAAUUUUCAACAUCUUCAUUCGGUGACAAAGAUCCGGAAACUCUGACCAAAUUAGGAACAGAAUUCAAACAAUUACUUCAAAACCAUAGAAUCAAAGAAUGUAUAACUAAAAAUAAGAAUAUGAUUUAUGAUAUUAUCCUGAGUCAAGGUGAUGAAUCUUGUCUACUUUUAUUUGCUUCGUCCGUUCAAGAUCAUAAAUUUGCUCUUAGUUAUUUCACCGAGAAAGGAAACUACGAUCAGUGUUUACAAAUAUUGAGAGAACAGAAAAAAAAUUUCGAUCUAAUUUAUCGUUAUGGUCCUCUGUUAAUGCGUCAAGUUCCGACCCAAAUGGUUUCGAUAUUGAAGAGUCGUUGUCUCUCUUUGGACUAUUGUAAAUUACUACCAACCCUUAUUCAAAACAGUGAUCAAAAUGGAUUCAAAAGUGAACAAUGUAAGGAGAUAAUUAGUUACCUGGAGCAUUGUGUCAAAAUGGGAAUCAGAGAGACAGUUAUUCACAACUAUCUGAUUGCUUUGUAUGCUGAACUUGAUCCGGAUAAAUUGUUAACUUAUUUGGAGGAGAGAAGUGAUUCCAAUCAAAUCGAUUACGAUUUAAAAUACGCGCUGAGAAUUUGCUCCGAGAAAGAGCUUAAAAAAGCUUUGGUCAUUUUAUUUACUACGAUGGGCGAUUAUGAGCAAGCAGUUGACAUGUCGCUCCAAGUGGACAUGGAUUUAGCCAAGAAAACAGCUGAUUUGCCACAAAUGGACGAUGAUUUGAGAAGAAAAUUGUGGUUGAAGAUCGCUCGUCAUGUAGUCGAAGAGAAAGGUGACAUUCAACAAGUUUCUCACCUUCUAGCUGAUUGUAAUCUCCUGAAAAUCGAGGAUAUUUUACCUUUUUUCCCCGAUUUCGUAACAAUUAGUCACUUCAAAGAUGCGAUUUGUUCAUCAUUAAAAGGUUAUUGUCAAAAUAUUUUAGCUCUAAAAGAGGAGAUGAAAGAAACAACCGAAAGUGCAGAGCAAAUCAAAGAGGAAAUUAGUAGAUUGAAAAAUCGAUUCAUUGUUGUUCGAAUCGACGAUAAAUGUUCAAUUUGUGGACAUUCAAUUCUAAGUCAACCUUUUCAUGCUUUUCCUUGUCAUCAUUACUUUCAUCAAGUCUGUUUAAUCAGUGAAAUCCGAUCAUUUUUAACUCCAUCAUUGAAAGAACGACUUAACAAAGUGACCAAAGGCGAAAAGUUGACUAGUUCAAUGAUUGGUAAAUCAACAACUCUCACUGAUAAAGAAAUCGCCUCAAUCAAGGAUAACAAUGAAGACCUAAAUGAUUUAAUGGCCUCUCAAUGUCUUUUCUGUGGGGACUUAAUGAUAGAAAGUAUUAAUGAACCUUUAAUUUCCCCUGAUGAAAAAAACAUGGCUCUAAUUGGAUGGUAAUCGAUAAUUAACUUUCUCAACAAUCAACUGUAAAUAUCCCGAAAUGAUGAAAUCACCAAAUCGACCGAUUUGAAUUCCAAGUUGAUUGUAAUCUUUUUCAUUUGUUAUAAAUCGUCUUAAUAAAUUAUACAAAUAUUUUCCAUUAAUUUAAGCGUU